AUGGAUAAAGCAACUGAAACUGUUGGUUCAACAUGGCUUUCGAAGGAUCCUGAACCAUUCAGGCAAGGUGCUGAGGCUUGCUUAUUUCGAUGUACUUAUUUUGGCCGAAAAUCGGUAAUCAAAGAACGAUUCGUUAAAAUCUACAGACAUCCAACGCUGGAUUUAAUUUUGACGAAGGAACGUAUUAAAGCUGAAUUAAAUGCAUUGCGUAAGUGUAAAACGAUGGGGAUUGAUGUACCUACAGUAUACUUUGUAAAUAUUGAUCGAAAUUCUUUUAUUAUGGAAGAGAUCUCCAAUGGUACCACUGCUCGACAAUUUAUUGAAGAUUUUAAGAAUAGCAGCGACUUUGAGGAAACAAUUACUGAUUUUGGUAUUCGAUUAGGUCAAAUUAUAGCAAAACUACAUCAUGGUGGUAUCAUGCAUGGUGAUUUGACAACGUCUAAUGUUCUUCUUCGAAAUGGAAAUCCCAAAACAAUUGUUUUUAUCGAUUUUGGUCUUGCUGAGGGUAAUGCAACAGUGGAAAGUAAAGGUGUCGAUUUGUAUGUAUUGGAACGAGCUGUCUUAAGUACACAUUCUGAAGUGGAAUUCAUCUUCGAUACUAUUAUGAAAGGAUAUGAACUGUUCAACAAGAAACAGUAUGAUGUAGUUAAUAGGAAACUUAAGGAAAUCGAAAGGCGAGGAAGGAAGCGUGAAAUGCUAGGAUAG